UUAUUGCAUGGUAGCUUAUUGUAUGCCAGUUUGAUCUCGGGCAACAAAUUGAACAAUUCAGCCAUCGAAUAAAUGUCUGGUGAUAAAUUCGGAAUAAAAAGGUGUUUUUGGAGUAAAAAUUUACCUGAUUUCCUUGUAGAUAUAGGCCUAGACAUCUGAAAUGGUCUCAGAUUAAAUCUCCGGGCAUCUAGAUUUCGAAACCAUCUGUUGGACCACAAGAUCAAAGAGAUGGACUGCAUGUUACAUAUUUUGUUUGAACACUCAAUAGAACUACGACUACCAACAAUGGUAUUCAGAAUAGAUUGUUUGGACAAUCAAAAUUGAGAAGGCUAGAAAGUAAUUUCUCAGACCAUUGUUUCAGGAAUAUGAAGAAAGGAUGACACUUUGACUUGGGAUUAUUUUUUAACAAACAAAAUAUACAAAUCUUAAGUCUGUAUAAAUGGAGGACCAUAUAAAAUUGAAUGGAAAUGGAACAAACUGUAAAGAAAACAGAGCAAAAACAGAAUUAGAAGAAUUUGAUGCACUAUUUCCUGAAUUGGUUAAAGAUCUCACAAAUAUUGGAUUAAAAGAUGCUGAGAUUUCAGAUGCAAUCAAUUGGUUUAAGGAGGUACUUGUAGAUUACCGGGUUUUAGAAUACAAUGUACCAUUUGGUAAAAAGAAUCGAGGGAUAGCCGUUGUUACAUCAUAUUGUCAACUUGUUACAAAUCCUACUGAUGAUGAUAUAAAACGAGCUCGAAUAUUAGGAUGGUGUAUAGAAAUAUUUCAGGCAUUUUCCUUAAUAGUUGAUGAUAUGAUGGAUUCUUCUAUUACAAGACGAGGUAAAUCUUGUUGGUAUAAAAAACAAAAUGUGGGUAUGAGAGCAAUAAAUGAUUCCAAUUUUUUAGAGUCAUCAUUAUAUUUUCUACUGAAAAAGUAUUUCCGUGACCAACCAUGUUAUAAAGAUUUAUUAGAAUUAUUUCAUGAUAUUACACAUCAUACAGUGAUAGGUGAAUGUUUAGAUUUAGUUACAUCACGACCACAAAGUACAGUAGAUUUGUCUAGUUUUACUUUAGAUAGAUAUAAUACAAUUGUAAGAUGGAAGACGGCCUUUUACUCAUUUUAUUUACCAGUGGCGAUGGGCAUGUAUAUGGCUGGUGUCAGUGAUACAGAUGCUCAUUCUAAAGCUAAAAGUAUUCUUCUCAAGAUGGGUUAUUUCUUCCAAGUACAGGAUGAUUAUUUAGACUGUUUCGGAUCACCAGAAGUUAUUGGUAAAAUAGGUACAGAUAUACAAGAUAACAAAUGUAGUUGGUUAAUUGUACAAGCCAUGAUGAAAGUUACUCCAGAACAAAGGAAGAUUUUAGAGGACAAUUAUGGAAGAGAUGAUGAAUCCAAGAUAGAAAGAGUAAAAGAAUUAUAUUGUGAUUUAAAUUUAACACAUGUUUAUACAGAAUAUGAAGAAAGUAGUUAUAAGGAACUUAAAACACUCAUAGAUAAAUGUAGUGGCAAUUUACCUAAAGAAGUCUUCAUGGCUUUUGCAAGAAAGAUAUAUAAGAGGCAGAAAUAGUUUGUGGAAGUUUUGUAACAGUUACUGGGUUUUUUUUGGUUACCGGUACGAAUAUUAGUCUGGAUGUGUUGUCAACAUUUGAGAAUAAUAGGUCAUUGGCUAGAUUAUCUGAUCUUUUACAUUAUCAUAAACAAAGUCUAAGGGAGAUAUAACUAGUCCUAAAACAAGAUGUUGACACCCAUGAAAUUAAUUCAAGAAUGUCAUUUCAAAAAACCCAUUUGAUUGCAUGCCAGUUCAAUAUCCAACACUCUUAUUUUUUUUUGUUGUUGUAAAAUUGCUCUCUUCAUGGGCCAUAUCUAUGUUAUUCAAAUUAAUCCGAAUUUGUCGUCACGAUUCAUGUUUGUUUAUAUUAAUGCAAGAAUUAUGGAAUUUGCCCAGAAGAUACUGGAUAAUCAACCACAUUAAAAACCAAACUCCCGGUUAUGCAUGAGCAAUGGAUUUUUGGUCAAAUAUUGACAACAGUCCCAGAUCCUCCAUACGUUGAAGACUAGGAGGUUCUGGGUGACCGGGACUAGUUACUGGUAUGUUGAAAAUGUUAAGGGUGACCCACAGCAUGUUGUCAAUCGGAUCAAAACGGUGUUUAUGAGAAAAGAACCAUAACUCGUUUUACCAGAAAAUUAAAAGCACAUGUCCAGAUGGUAAUAUCUUCAAAAAUCAAACAUGGCUAGACUUUCAAUGUUGACGAAUGAGGUUUUUAUGGUAAGCCUCAUCAUAUAAUGUUAAAAUAAACCCCAAAUAUUGUCUGUAGGAUGAAAUUUCUUCUGACCCCGAACCACUCUAAAAAUGUGUUAAAGACUGAAACAACCGAUGAAAUUAUUCCUCUGUAUUUAUUGUUAACAAUUUAUGAUGUCAGGAACUGAAGUGAUAUUAAUGUAUGUGUUUAUCUUAGUGUGUUAAGAUCAUAAAAUUAACAUUGAUGUUUAAAACAAAAACCAUAUGUAUCAUUUAUAAAGGGAAAGAAACAGCUUUAAACCUAGUCAACUUAUCACAAUUUCCAUGCAAAAUAUAUAUGGUAUUUUUAUACAUCCAAAUUUUUAUGAGAACGUAAAUUGUCGUUGCCCGUCUAUUCAUCCGUCCACAAUUAGUAUGUGGACAGUCUACAGCCCACAAUUUUUAUCUGAUUUUGCCAAAACUUGAAAUAUAGGAUUAUAUCUCCCAUAGAUCUCGGUUCCUUUUGAUAUUGGCAUUAUUGGACAUUAAAUUCAUGGAUUAUGGCCUCUGAUUGUACGAAAAAUCACAUUUUUGGAUUGUGGACACUCUAGAGGUCACAAUUUUGAUCUGAUUUUGAUGAGACUCAAAACAUGUGUUUAUAUCACAGAGAUCUCGGUUCAUUUCGAAUUUCGUAAAAAUCGGACCGAAACUGCCCAACAUAAUGGCCCCUCCAUGAACUCAAACAGUGUAAAAGUAUGCAAUAGGCCUACCAAGGUUGUGGACCCUCAAGAGGUCACAAUUUUUAUCCGAUUUUGAUGAAACUUAAAAUAUAUGUUUAUAUCCCAAAGAUCUUGGUUCCUUUCGAUAUUCGCACACAUCAGACCAUAGAUUAUGGCCACUGAUUGUACAUUAGAAUUGUAUUAAGCAGCCACUCAAGGGAAUUUUCAUGACUGGUCGCUUAAUGCGAGUGACCUCAUGAUAAAAUCUCAGUGUUUAUUGGUGCUGACAUCAAGUAAAUUUUACGCUUGGAUGCAUUGGGAGCAAACAUCAAUACUUGCAUGGGUAAAUUUGGCCAUCGCUGAAACUGGCUUGGGUCGGGAUGAAAAUUAUUUGACUCAGAUCUCCCGUGUCUACCAUGGUGAUGUUUUUGAUAAUAUUUAUCCAUUUUUGUGACAAAAAACCAUGAAUUAAUUUUAUUUUACCAAAAAAGAACAUAUCCAAAAAAACAUCGCUGAAUUUGUCACCAAUUUUCACUAAGUGGAAUCUCUCACCCAUAUUCCAGCAUCUGGAUUCGAAAUGAAGUUAGCACACAUAUUCCUAGCAUGUGUGCUAACUUCAUUUCAAAUCCGGGUGCUGGAAUACGGCUAUGAGAUUCCGCUCGGUCCGAUUUUCAUGGGGUGGAGUGUAACUCUGUAUGUAAUAUAGGAGGCACUAAAACUUAUGUUUAACAACAAAGUAGCAAUGGAAAAUAGAUACUAAAUGGUCCGAUUUUCAUGGGGUGGAGUGUAACUCUGUAUGUAAUAUAGGAGGCACUAAAACUUAUGUUUAGCAACAAAGUAGCAAUGGAAAAUAGAUACUAAAUGAUCGUGACAACUCGGCUUUGACGGUUCUUUUAGUUUAUUCAAUCAGUAUAAAAUAAAGUUUCGUUACGCUUGAAAGCAAUGAACAGGGUUUGUCAGCUAUUAAGAUUAAUUAAAAGAUAAUCCCGGUGUGACAGUUUGAGAUGGUUCCUGGUGUGUGUGUGUUUGCUCCUGGGCACUUGCGCAUGUCCGAGACUGUUGUUUAUGUUAACAACGCAGCUAUAUCUACUUCCGCCAUUGUGAAAUGGUUCCUGAUCAUUGAUGUGACAGUGUGAGAUGGUUCCUGGUGUGUGAUUACCGUUUAGCGCAUGCGUAGUUGUAGGAGUCAGCUCGCACCGUUAUCGACACGGUGUGCAUUGAA